AAAUAAUUUGUGAGUAGAUUUCAAAUUUUUAUUGAUAAAAUGAAGAUUACUCUUUUUUUGAUAUAAGCUCUAGUUUAAUUCAUAUUCUGCAAUCCAUACACCUGGGCUGAGAUAGAUAAUAUUCAGCAUGGUUCAUAGGAUUUAUUUUAAUCUACUCCUACUCAUAUGUUUAAUGAUGGCUCUACAGGAGAUCGAAAUAAAAACUUUGUAAUUGUAUUUGCCACAGCUUUUAGUGCUGCUCCUUAAGUUGCAGUUGGAAUAAAUAAAAUAAAAUGCUUAUAAAAUAGUUUAUUUAAUAUUGAUAUUUAAAUUGUAAGUAUUCGGGUAGAUUCUUUCACACUAUAAGUAAGUGUUAAAAGUGGCCAAUAAUGUGAUUUUCUUUCAAUUAAUUAUAUAUCUGUUCCUUCUACAGAAACAAGAAUAGUAAUUUAAUAUUUCUUUUUUCAAAUUACUGGUUAAUCAGUUAGUGAUUAGCUAGGUCCAAACAGACUAUCUCCGUUACCCUCGAUUUUAACUACUAAUAACAUUAAUAUUCCUAUCUUAAGUGGAUUUUAAAUAGCUAUAAAUGAUUCUACUUAAAUAUAACUUUCUUUAGGAUUGAGUCCAGAUAACACAAAAUUUAUUGUUUCUACUGGUGAUAAUAAUUAAAUUAAAUAUAUUUCUGGAUUUUAAAUUGUUGUAUAAAAUAAAAAUAAUACUGAUUAUGGAUUAUAAAUAUUUUAGAGCUUAUCAGGAUCAUCAACAACAAAUGUUUACACUACUUCUGUACUAAAUAUUGGAAGCUAAAAUAUAUAACCUUUUUUUUCUUACAAUGGAUUCAAUUUUGAUCGAUCAUAUCCUCUUUACUUAUAAUAGGGCUAAGUUUAAGUUCAGAACAAUUAAUACAUAUUCACUUACGGCCCAAGUACUCCAUCUUUGAUGUAUUCUUAUAGUUUAGUUUACUUUAAUGCAAAAUAUAAAUAAUGUAGUCCUCUUUCUAAAUAUCUUUUUAAUGAAGAAUAUUGUCUAACAACAUGCCCACAAUCUUAUUACCCUAAUGAUAUAUUAAAUAAAUGUUCUUAAUGCCAUCCAUCUUGCCUAACAUGCUCUAAUUCAAAUAAAAUCAAUAGUUGUACUUCUUGUAGUAUUAAUAAAGUUUUAGAUAAUGGCUAAUGUAUCUGCCAACCUGGUUAUUUUUAAAAUUUGAAUGAUCCUAGCUAUAGUUGCAAUAAAUGUUCAUAUUUAUGUUAGGAAUGUCGUGGUAAUUCAAAUACUUGCACUAAAUGUAGCUUAAGUAGAUUUUUAGAUGGUACAGUUUGUAAAUGUUAAAAUGGAUAUUGGGAUUCUAUUAGCUCAACAUUUUGUCCAAAAUGCUUUAGAAACUGUAAAACAUGUAAUGGGGGUUUAAGUAACAAUUGUCUAUCUUGCAAUAGUGGUUAUUAUUUAUAUUCUGAUGGUUCUUGUACUUGUGACUAUGGCUAUUACGAUGAUCCUUUGCAAAAUAUCUGUUAGAGGUGCCACUCAACUUGUGGACAAUGUAAUGGUCCUCUAGAUAUCAAUUGCACUUCAUGCCCUUCUAAUCGUAUUCUUUAAUUUAAUAAAUGUGUUUGUGCUAACGGAUUAAUAGAAUAAGUUUUAAAUGGAGUUCUGACAUGUAUUGCAAAUUAAGGUUCUUCAUGCUUUCCAAAUUGUAAAUUAUGUUCUUAUAUACAGACUGGUAACUAAGAUAACCCUAGUUUUUAGGUAGUUCCAAUUUGUUUGUAAUGCUAAAAUAAUAUGGUUUUAGUCAAUGGUUAGUGCAAGUGCCCAGAUGGAACUUAUAUAGUUGAUAACUAAAUUUGUUUUCCAUGCGAAAAAACUUGUAAAACAUGCUAUAAAGGUGGAUUUCAUGGGUGUUUAAGCUGCUUUGAUUAUUAUAAAAUAUAGAAUAAUCAUUCAUGCAUAAAUUCUGCUCAAGAAUCAAGCAAUUCUAACAGUAAAAAUUUAGCUGUAUAUAUCUGUGUAUUAGCAGUACUAGUAACAAUUGCGGUUGUUGCAAGCUUUGUUUAUUUUCAUAAAAAAUUUGAAUAAAGAAAGACAAAAUAUAAAAAUGAGCUAUUUUAAGUUAGUUAGGAAAAAAUUACAGUGAAAUAACAACAAAAAGAAAGAAAACGCUUAAAUUUAUAAAGUAAUUUAGAGAAUGAAUAAAAUUAAAUAAAUAUUCACAAUUAUAUUUUUGAUGAGAUUGAUGAUGAAUACAACCCUGCUGAAGAUUAAUUAGAAUAACCUAGCUAAUAAGUUUUUGAUAAUGAAAAUUAAUAACAAUAAGCAGAGCUAGAUGAAAUAAAAUAAGAUUCAGAAGAAAAAGAUAAAAGUUAAAUUGAAGAUUUAGAAAAUCGUAGCAGUAAAGAAAAGAUUAAAAAUGAUGACGAAAACGAAGUAGUAAUAGAUUUGAACAAAGAAAAUUGA